AUGGAGAAGAGUGAAAAACAGAAGCAUUUUGUCCUGGUUCAUGGAGCAUGCCAUGGUGCAUGGUGUUGGUACAAAUUGGUGACUCCUCUUAGGUCUAAAGGCCAUCGAGUCACAGUCCUUGACAUGGCAGCUGCUGGUGUUCAUCCUAAGCGUUUGGAGGAGCUCACCUCCUUCACCGACUACUGCAACCCAUUGCUGGAAUUUAUGGGGGCUUUAACACCGAACGAGAGGGUGAUUCUGGUUGGUCAUAGCGUUGGUGGAAUUUGCAUAUCUCUUGCCAUGGAGAGGUUUCCUCGGAAAAUUGAAGUUGCUGUUUUUGUUACAGCAUUCAUGCAUGGUCCUGAGCUUGACAUUCUUGCCACUAAUCAAGAGUACCAAAAACAGUUGGAUUCUUACAAGGACAGCCAAUUAACAUUCGGAAAUGGAGUGGACAAACUUCCUACCUCCCUCGUCUUUGGCCCCAAGUUUUUAUCUAGCGAGUUAUAUCAGCUGUCACCUCCUGAGGAUUUGGCUCUUGCAACCUUGUUGGUGAGACCAGUAGGUUUCCACGAAGGACCAGAAUUUCUGAAAGAACUGUCUCUUUCAAAAGAAAACUAUGGUUUGGUUCGACGUGUUUAUUUGAUUUGUGAAAAUGAUAAUGUUUUAAAGCAAGGAUUCCAGAGGUGGAUGAUUGAAAAUAAUCCAAGUGAUGAGGUGAAAAUGAUUUCUGGUGCAGAUCACAUGGCUAUGUUCUCUAAACCUCAAGAACUGUGCUUCUGCUUGCAAGAGAUAGCAGAAAAUUGA